AGCAAAGAGGAGCGAGUAGCCUGUACUUUGUUUACGUCCCGUUUAGCUGACAGCUGUUGUAGCGCCUUCCCCACAGCGGCAGCCUUGUGUCGGUGUCCCCGCUCCCUGUCCUGAGCUCCGCGGACACCCACGCGAGUGUCCUGCAUGUAGAGGACGGGACGUUUUGUUGAAUGAGGGGGAGCCGUUAGAUGCCGCCAGGAGGAUGAACUCCAUCACCGGUCGGGUUCUCGCCAUCCCCGCCGCCUCUGUCACCAACUCUGGAGCUUCAUCCUCCCGAGCCCUGCACGUAGACCUCACGUCCCAGCAGAGACGACUGCGUCAUCUUCGGAGCAUUGCUGCCAGAAACAUUGUCCACAAGAAUGGUUCCCCACUUCUGGACACGUACUUCACCCUCCAUCUUUGUAUAGGAGAAUGCAUAUCUCGAGGAUUCUACAAGAGUGAAGUCAUUCGAGACUCACUGAAUCCCACUUGGCGCAGCCUGGACUUUGGCAUGCUGCCGGACCUCCUGGACACCGCAGUGUCUUGCUUCGUGGUGAGGAUCUGGGGCGGACAAGAGGAACAGUACCAGCUCCUCAUAGAAUGGAGGGUCAAUCUGGAUGGCCUCAGAUACACUGGGCAGCAGAUUCGAUCCAGGAAUCCAAAUGAGAUCAUAUUCGGAUUGAAUGAUGGCUACUACUCAGCUGACUUUGAUCACAAGGAUCAGUCGGAGCGGAAGAAAAACAGUUUGCUUCAGGUUGACCUGAGUUCAGUCCGGAACUCCUACAGCGUUUUCUCUCUGCUCAGGCUUCACACAGCCCAGAGAGCCAUCAAGCAGACCCAAGUGACGGUGCAGAAGAUUGGGAAGGAGAUCGAGGAGAAGCUGAGGACGACAGAGGCCUGCACAGAGCGGAAGAAAGAGAGGGAGUGCAUGCAGCUGAGAAUAGCUGUGCUGCGCAGCGAGCUGCUUCGGCAGAGGAAGGCACUGGGCAGGGAGAUCGACCUGCGACAGAAGGAGAGGGCACAGCUUCAGAAGAAAGAGGAAGCGUUCGGCGCCCAACACGAGGUUCUGAAGGAGGAGAAAGAAUCCCUAACUAAGCUGCAGAAAGAAUGCACUGCCAAGAGGGAGCAGUUCCUAAAGUCCAACGCCCAGCUCACCUUCCGCUGUCGUCAGCUCCUCUCUGAGCUUUCCUACAUCUACCCCAUUGAUCUGGCUAAUCAGUCAGAUUAUGUCAUCUGCGGAGUGAAGCUGCCAAACUCUGAAGACUUUCAAGCAAAGGAGGACGGGAGCGUAGCAGUCGCCCUGGGGUACACAGCGCACCUGGUCCUGAUGAUCUCGUGCUUCCUGCAGAUCCCUCUUAGAUAUCCGGUGAUCCACAAGGGUUCACGCUCCUCCAUCAAGGACACCAUCACCGACAGACUCACGGAGAAGGAGAGAGAAUUCCCCUUGUACCCGAGAGGAGAGCGGUUUCAUUUUGAAUAUGGGGUCUACCUACUCAACAAAAACAUUGCCCAGCUGAGAUAUCAACAUGGCUUGACCACCCCGGACCUGCAGCAGACACUACCCAACCUGAAGAACUUCCUGGAACAUGGCCUGCUGGUGCGAUGUGAUCGGCACAAUGUCUCUAGCUCCAUCCCGGUGCCGUCUAAGUCCCAGCCUGGUAUGUCUACCGCCUCAGAGAUAGGCCACACCAGCUCCCCAGACCGAGGCCUGAGGAAAAGGGCAAGCUCGGAGGCAGAUAAGUACAAGCCAACACCUCCACCCAGCUACAACAUAGCCAUGGAAGGAGAGAAGCCCCUGGGUGGCCUGGCACCGCCCUCCCCCAAACACCUUUCCUCCUCCCUCGAUGCUGGCAUGGCCUCGCUUAACUUGACCAAGACUACGGAGGCCAUCGAGGAGGGAGAGCAGGGGGAGGAGGAGGAGCAAGGUGGCGAAACAGUGGCAGUGCAGGUGGAGAGACGCAAAAGCAGUGAUGGAGAGAUUGAACUACAUAAAGGAGAAGAGACUGAACAACUACCCAGCAGUACAGUGGCGCAGAACUCUUCUCCAGUGCAGGGAACUGGUGAGGAAAGAGUCGCCGCUGAUCAGCACACAGGCGCCAUGAACGGCUCGUUGGUCCCAGGACAGACGCCCGGCAGCCUGGUCCCAGAGCUGCGCUGCUCUGUGGAGCAAGCUGAGGAAAUCAUGGGCACAGAGGCCACUGGCUUAGGCCUGGGGUUGGGGGUAGGGAUGGGGUUAGGGUUAGUGGACGAGGCCCGCCUGGACGAAUACCGCUGCAUCCCUGUGGACCACGCAGUAGCUGUGGAGUGUGACGAACAAGUGCUGGGGGAGCUGGAUGAGGCCGGCUUCGAGGAGUUCUCCAGGCGCAUCUAUGCACUAAAUGAGAACAUGUCCAGCUUCCGCAGACCGCGCAAGAACUCUGAUAAGUGAGGCCGAGGACCCAAGGACAAAUACGAGGACAUGAAAUGAGAAGACAGAGUUUGUGGUCCUCUCUCCCAAAUCGCAGCAUCAAAAAUCAUAGGAGCUUUUCUGGAAAAACGACCAAUUUGCACUUAUUAUAAACAUUUCCAUAGUGAUCUUUUAAAAUGGAAUAGUUAAAAAUGGAAGUGCUGGAACAGUUAGCUUUACUUUUAUUUUUGAUGCCAACAAUAAUAUAUAUUUUAAACACUGGAUACAAACAAUAAUCAGGCAUUUUUUUUUAUUCACGAUAUGAUUUGGCCUCAAUAAUAGAUAUCAACCUGGAGGAAUAACUGCAAUUAUAGUCUGUUCUUCACGCCAGGGACAAUUAGUUUAUGACUCACAUGUUGAUUUCAAACCAUAAUGCUGCAAAAAAAAAUUAUUUUUUCAAAUCAUCUUCAUCGUCAUCUUCGUCAUCUUGUCAUUUCCAAAUAAAGUCCACAUCCAGGGAACAGAAUCAUGACACCAGAGUUUAAAUAUGUUUGAGUGCAGCAGCGAUAAAUAAGAGAAGCUACUGCCUGUGUCUUAAUUUGUUGUCUGAGUUUUUGGUUUUGAGGUUUUAUCAAAGAAUCAAUAACACUGACUAAUGCACAAAAUGAGGAUGGUUGCAACUUGAGGUUUUAUCACAGUGGACCAUGUUCUGUCAUAGAGCCUGCUGUCCCAGUGCUUACACCUUUGACUGUACAAGCUAACGUUCAGCACGCAUGGCAGGGGGCGAGUGCUGGAGCGAGGGCGGGUCUGCUCCACGCUCGCAUGCAGCCGCAGUCACAAUCCCAGUAAGGUUUCAAGCAAUCCCACCAAUGACCUUUGGCAGGAAUUUGCUUCCACAAAGAGAGGUGUGAUCUGGAACCAGUAGCCUGUUCCGAGACCCCCCAACAUCUCCUCCUCCUCGUCUUCAUCAGCAGCUCAAUCCGGUGGUCACGCUCCACACAGGGUCGAGUUUGUCCCUCAGGUUCAGAGAUGAGGAUCACAAGACUAAGUGGCAGGUUGGAGCUCACAGCACAUGGCAGGGACAGGGUGCAAUUUUUUUGUCCGCCCCAUCUCCUGUUUUCAGUUUGAAUGUGCCCCAUCGAUUUGACCUUUGAUAUGUUAACUGAUUCUCAUAUUCACUCGACCAGAAAUUACAUCCUUUGUCUGUAUUCAGUUUUUUCUCACUCAGGCUUUAUUGUACGUGUUAGUAACAAAUGUCUCAAUCUCUCUGUCUGUGAUUUUGUCCCCUGUCCCCAAUGCUGUCUUGCACUGAUACUCAUAUACUGCAUUAUUUAUGUCUCUAAACGGUCGUGUGUGCUUUGAUUCAAAGGAAAUCAGUGUUGAGUUUUAUUUUUCCGGUUCACAUGGGACGUCACACUUUAUAUUUUUACGUGUCACACUGAUAUCACCGGUUUGUGGCUCCUGAUGUGGACAGCUGCUUUGCAUCACCUGUCCCAACAAAGAUGGACUCCCUGCCCACUUUGUGGGUCAGAUCCAGUUCUGUGGCCGCUGACUGUCGAGAGGUAUUGUAUUUAAAACUAAUAGAUAAAACCAUGUUCGAUCAUUUCCAUAAAAUGCUAUACAGUUCAAUAAGUGACCAUGUACUUAUACUUUUGUAUGGAGCUCUCUUUUUUCUUUUCUUCUUUUUUGGGGGUUAUUAAAGACUUGCAGUCCAAUGGCAUGGAUGUAUAGCCUCUCUGA